AUGUCUCGAAGGAAUGCUGAAGAAAACCAACUUAGUGAAGAGAGCCAUAUUGGAGGUGGGAACGACAUAGCAAGUGUUUCAGAAGACAAUCCAACUCAUGGCAUUAUAGACGACUUGUAUAUCUUGAAGCACUCACUAAUAAAGAACAAAAAACUUACCCCUCAAUCAAUUUCUCAUCUCAGCCAAAUAGAAAAUAUAAUAUCGGAAAUCCCGGAGUUGAGCAAGAAUCUUUACGAAUGGAACUUUCUUGAAAAUGAAAUUUUAUACUUUUUGAGAGCUAUGCAUUUCAAAAUGUCUCUGAGGGUAAUCACAAAGAUUGUCAGCAUCACAAACAAGGCACCUGGUUUGUAUUUCACAAAGAAAUUUCUAUUUUUUAUAACCGAAAAAUUAUAUUUUGCAAUGGGUGGAUCAAAAAUAUAUAAGAAAAACAGUAUUAUUAAUAUGCGUCAGAAUAGCAUAGUGACUUUUAGUGAUAAAACUAUGAAGAACCAAAACUUAGGAUCUGGGGACAUAAUGGUUUUUGACGAGGACAGUAGUAAUGGCAAACUUGAGGAUGAUAGUUCCUUUCAAGAGAUGCUUGGAUUUGGCGCGCCCAAUGCGAACUUUACAGUUAAUGAAAUAACCAGAUUAAUUAUGAUUUUUAUCAGAAAGCUUAUUGAAAUUAACAGAAAUGUGGUUACGCUUCUGAAUGAGCUUCUCUUUUUUGAGCUUGCAAACGUAUGCAUUUGUGUCGAAACUGCGCAAUUGUUUAACUCCAUCUUCGUUAAUAUUUCGUAUUCAGAAGUUCAACAGAUUGAAAGAUCUCGGGCUCCUUGGCAACAAGACGGGUUAUAUGAAGUAAGAAGGAAGUACUUCGAGCCAGAGGUAUUUUUUAGAGCAAAAGAUAUAUUCUACUCAAUCAAGCCGGUUGAGAAUUUUAAAAGUGGGAUAUAUAAGCAAAUUUAUGAUCAAUGCACAAAUCUAAAGGAUUUUGCGGAUUUAUCGUUCAAGGACACAGCUGACAUCAUGCUAUUUAAAAGGAUCGUUUACAUGAGUGAUGAGCUAGAUUUGUUGAUUCUUGAAGGCAAAGAUCCAAAAGUCGUUAAAUUUUACAGACGAUGCUUGGAGGCAGGGGCUGUGCCUGAAAAAUCGCAUUUAAACUCAAUUAUAAAAGCAGUUGAUAAUUCAAAAACAACCAGGGAUGCAUGCAUUGUUUUAUACUAUUUUCAAGACUAUCUUCUUAGUUCUAAGCCUUUUACUGAAAAUCGGAUUAGGAAAAUUAUUCAAAAUCUUGAGUAUCUUUGUGGAUCUGAAUGUACUCAGAGCAAAUCAACUGCAAACAACUCACCCUCCAAUAUUGAAAAGAAAGAAGUUAUUCCUGUCAAGAAAACAAAGAUAGAAGAGCAUUCUCAUUCGUUUGAUAGCAAUCUUUGUACAAAUGACAUCUUUGGCGACAGCUGUAAUAACGGGCUGUUUUGUACACCACAAAACAUAGAUGUGGAUACAAAAGGAAGAUCAAAGGGCAUAUUGGAAGACUUUAGUGAAUUUGAAAAUGAUUUUAGUGAAAAUAAAAGUAGUCUCGGCAAUGGCCUUACUAUUUCAAAUGAUCUGUGCGAAAGAUAUAGGAUACUGAAACUGCUGCAGCACGUUUAUCCGAUAGUCAACCAUCAAUUUUUUUAUAAACCAUCGUAUCUCAUUCUCUUUAGAAGUAUGUUUGAUCAUGUCCCAUCUAUGCAAAGUUUCAUCAUUGAGUUUUUCACUGAUUUUAUUAGAGUUCUAAAAUUAAACAAGAUGAAUAUAGCGCGAAUAUUUUUGCCUGUGUUUAGAUCUGAAAAGAAGCCAAAGACGAGGGAAAUCAAGUUGGAAGAACAGUCGAGUGAGUAUCUGGCAGGAGCAAAUAAUAAUGUCAGCAACAUGCCACUAUUCAGAGUUAAAGGUGGUGUAAUUGAAAGUAGUGAAUUUGAGCAUGUUGGGAGCUUAAUUGAUGCUCAUAAUAGUGAGGACGAUACAUUGCUGCCUUAA